CAACUUGAAAAAGGUCCAGAAUCCUCUGUGUUGUGCAAAGUGUCGGUGAAAAUAUUUAUCGUAUUCAUCAGUUUUUGAAGAUUAGGAAAUUGUUCACGCUAGUUGGGUGUUUACAUAGUUCUGUAAUUAAACUAUACUCUGUGGACUUUAUUCCUAGCUUCCAUUCGUAAUGUGUCGCGAUGUCAUUAUCACCAUCAGCAGCUGAAGGUGUCGAAGCGUUAGGAACCGAAAAAGUAUCACAAGACAAGCGAGGCGGCAGUCUUCGUCAUUUCCAGCAACAGCAACAACCAAUUACGCUAAUUUUGCCAACCAGUGGAAAGCUGUUCUACGAAAAGAAGCAAGACUUUGUCUUGUGCAAGCCACAGCUUCUUCCGCUGAAGUCGUUCAGCCUGGAGAAACUGGAAAAGAUGCAAAAGGAAGCCCACCGGCAGCUACAGGAGACUCGUACCCGCACUGCUGCCGCCGCCAGUGGCAAUAAUUUCUAG